CAAUUAUUGCGAAACAACACGAGGCAACGCUGCGACCUUUUCAACUAGCUGACUCAUGCUGCCGUCAGGUUUUUCCCAACCGGAUCACCACCAAGCAACUGCAGUGAAGUAACAGUUACCAAUCGCAAGAGAGAAACCAAUAAUUAUGCCAAAAAACAAGGGAAAGGGAGGUAAGAAUCGCCGUAGAGGCAAGAAUGAGAAUGAAAAGGAGAAGAGAGAGCUGAUUUUCAAGGAGGAUGGGCAGGAGUACGCUCAGGUCAUCAAAAUGUUGGGGAAUGGUAGACUAGAAGCACACUGCUUCGAUGGUACUCAGAGACUGUGUCACAUCAGAGGAAAAUUGCGGAAGAAGGUGUGGAUUAACCAGGGAGACAUUGUCCUGAUAGGGCUGAGAGACUACCAAGAUGCAAAGGCUGACGUUAUCCUCCGAUACAAUCCUGAUGAAGCCAGGAACCUCAAAGCAUAUGGAGAGCUACCAGAAACUGCUAAGCUGGCAGACCCUGGAGCAUUUGAGCCUGAUGAUGAGGCUGAUGUGGUGUUUGAUGACAUGGUGGAUGAUUAUGACGAUGAGGAUGACGCCAUUGAUGCAAUAUGAAGUGGAGGGCCAUGCAGGCACUAAGCAGCAGCACUCAUCAUGCACAGCAUUCAUUGCCUUCAUAAACUCUUCUCAAUCAAGCUUUAACUGUUGUACAAUGUAUGUUUGAAAAUUUAAUUUUACUGUUUGUAGUGUUGAAAAACCUGCUAAAAAAGUUUAUAUAAAAAUUA